AUGAACCACAGUGGACCCAUAACAAGGGAGGAGGUUGCCGGAUGGAAGCUACAAGAUUUAGAAAUGGGAGAGACAAUAGGUACUGGCACUUUUGGCCGUGUUCGUUUAUGCAAACAUAAAGGUACUGGUCGAUAUUUGGCAUUGAAAAUUCUUAAAAAACAAGAAAUUCUACGUAUGAAGCAGGUUGAUCACAUUUUGGCUGAAUCAAGUAUUUUACAAGAAGUUAAUCAUCCUUUUAUUGUAAACAUGCUUAAGGGUUUUAUGGAUGAUGAUCGUUUGUACAUUCUUCUUGAAUAUGUGGUAGGCGGAGAACUUUUUUCACACCUGCGGAAAGCGGGAAAGUUUCCAAAUGAUGUGGCAAAAUUUUAUUCCGCAGAAGUAGUUUUGGCGUUUGAAUACCUUCACAGCUGUAAUAUUGUAUACCGCGACCUAAAACCAGAAAAUUUGCUUUUGGAUGCCCAAGGAAAUAUAAAAAUUACUGAUUUUGGGUUUGCGAAGCGUGUGAAUGAGCGUACCUUUACGCUGUGCGGCACGCCAGAGUAUCUUGCCCCUGAAGUUAUUCAAAGUAAAGGGCACAACAAGGCUGUGGAUUGGUGGGCACUUGGUAUUUUACUCUAUGAGAUGCUGGUUGGUUAUCCUCCCUUCUUUGAUGAGAGCCCUUUUAAAAUCUAUGAAAAGAUUCUGGAAGGUAAAUUGCAAUUUCCCCGCUGGGUGGAGUUAAGGGCGCGGGAUCUUAUUAAAAAUCUUCUUGCGCUUGACCCAACAAAACGAUUGGGCUCACUCAAACGUGGGGCACAGGACGUGAAGCGGCAUAAAUUCUACAGUGGUGUAGAUUGGGAUGUGGUGCUGGAGAAGAAGGUGCCGCCGCCCAUUCCUGUACGUCUCACCAAAGACGGCGACACCCGUUACUUUGACCGCUAUCCAGAGAGUCCACACCACCCACUGCAACCCCUAACAGCACCACAGCAAGAUGUAUUUGCAGGGUUUUGUGACGGAGAGUACACAAAAGUGUAG